UACAUUCGGUCUCCCGGGAGACGCGUCCAGUUAGCGAUGACAUGGCCACCCUGGAGAGGCUCCGGAGAGAAAUGUCUGGCCUGAUACCGGAGUACUUCCAGCGGUGCAGAGCCGCUGAAGAGAAGAGACUCUCGGAGUACGAAGCAGCAGUGGCGAUCCAGAGCUGGUUUAGAGGAUGCAGGGUGAGAGCCUAUCUCAGGUACAUGAACCGUAUGGGAACUGUGAUCCAGAAAUGGUGGCGUGGUUAUCUGGCAAGAAAGUAUUUCAGAAAAAAAGUGAAGACAGCCUACUUCAUUAUGAAGAUGAAUUUCUACAAUGACAUGGCUGUCAGGAUACAGAAGAUGUGGAGGGGUUACUAUGUCCGGAAGUUUGUACACAAUUAUUAUGCACUGAAGAAAUAUCUGGAAGGUGUGGCCUUUACGAACCAUUUAGUAAGGAAGGAGCUAGAGGAAUACGCUUCCAUGAGAGAGAAGGAAAAAAUGAAGAGAGAUCUGGAAAAGGAAGAACGCAGGAAGAACCAUGAAGCCAGGAAGAUGCAUUACCUCCUCAGUACAGAGCAGGUGGCGGGUGUAUUUAACUCACCGUAUAGACAGUAUCCUGAUGAGAUGGAGUUCCGGCUACAGAGAGCCAGACCACUGAGCCAUCGAGACCUUCCAAAGAAGAGUAAUGACAAUGACAGCUUUGUUGAUUGGUCGGACUGUAGGCAUCCAUUUUCCUUUUCAACAACAUCACCCCUUCCUCCUAUAAACAAGAAGAAGCCACAGGGGCCAUUCCGUGAUGUUGGCCAAGUACUACAGCAGCGUUACAGGCCACUGGAGCCUACCCUGAGAGUGGCCACAUCAUUCACUUCCGUGGAACGGGCAAGAGAGGAAAUUAAACGGCAGGAGUGGGCAAAGGGCUUUCAGGAUGACAUAUUUGCUCCAUUUACCAGUUUUCAAAAAUAUAUACCCUAUGAACCAUUAAUUCACACAUCCACUGAAUACAAGAGGCUCCCAUAUGGCAGUCAACGUUUUCGUGAUGAGGAUCCAAACACAUGGGUAACAAAAAAGGACUUCCAAGCCACCUUCACGUCUGUCCCACUUUUUGAUAAAUAUGGACGCAUGUAUUCCAAGGCGGGGCAAGCGGUCUAACUUCUCUUCUACACAAGAAGCCAGGAGGAAUGGGUUAUAUACCGUUCAGUCUUUUACCAUGAAUGUAUUAUAAAGAUACAAACAUUUAAGUAUUUUGUGUGUGUGGAAAACAGAUUUUCUUUUCCUGCAACCCCCAAUACCACCAUCUGAUACUAUGAUCUAAUGUGUAUAAAGGAAGGCUGCAGUGAGGACGUAUGGUGGAGUAUUAAAAUACUAGUUCCCUGGCUGUCAUGCUGAUCCAGAAGCGUUCCUUUCUAACUCAGUGACUUCAGAGCAACUAGAACCAGCAAUUUUCAGAUAUCGAUAUCUCCGUAGUUUUGUCAAAGAUUUUUUUUUAGAUAGCAAUCUGAACAAAAAUCAUCAAUAAAUAUAUUUCAUGGAU